AUGCUCCCCCAGACCCAGCUGCACACCCUGCCCGCAACUCUCGCGCUCAUCCUCCUUCUGGUGGCGCUGUUCAACCUCCGGUCCCUCCCGCCGUUCAUUCCCCUCCUCGCCGCAGUCCUCCUUUGCGCCAUGCGCGCGUCGUACGCCGAAGAGCUGCGCCUCGUGCGCGCCGAUCAGGCCGUGGCGGAGGACAUGGUGCGUGUCCUGAGAGGCGAGGUCGUGCGCCUGGAGAGUGUGAUUGCUUUCGAACGCCAGGACGCCCUGCACGACAACGUUACACUUCCUCUCGACCUUGCCCUUCACAGGCUCGUCCUGUUGGGUUUAUUUGUCCAGACCAUCUACCAACUUUUCAUCUUUGCAAACAUAGCGCUCGUUCAUUCCCUCAAGUUCACCUGCCAAUUCGGCAUCCUUGCGAUUAUGAUGCUCAUCCGCCUCGUCCGUUUCGUCUGGUGGCCAGUCGUUGGAGGUACCUGGUGGCUAGUUUCGUCAAACGUUUCGACUCCCGGAUGGGUCCUCGUCCUCGUCCUCCUCGUGUUCCUUGCCCUAAAUCGCAUAGCUUACGACUCGACAAUCAGUGAAGAACGUGCAAAGGCCGAGGUUAUCAAGUGGCGUAGGGACUACUACACUCUCGCACGCGCGAACCGCAACAUCAUCAACCGCCAGGAGGAUGAGCUCGGCCGUCUCCGUACAGCGCUCUCGGGUCAGAACAACGAUCGUGACGCCUCCCUGCCCUUCACGCCGACCAAUUGA